AUAUAUGAAAAUAUUAUAGAGCGACGCUGUGUUAUGAAAAUUAACCUGCAUAAUAUAUAAAACAAUACAAUGAUCAGUUGUAUUUGAUCCAUUAUAGAAAAUGGUUGAUUACCGAGAUGGUAGUGAUUCUGGGCAAAAUGCCACUUUAGAAGAUUUAGUUCAUGAUUGGAAAGAUGUUACAGUUAAGGACGUUUAUUCUCAGGAUAUUAAGAAAAAGUCUGAUUCGGCUUUUCUCUGUUUUUCUGCACUUACAGCUAAUGUACUACUCUUCGUUUGUUCAAAUUUUCACGUAUGGUCGUCUCCUGUCAUACCAAAGUUGAAAUCUAAUAGUAGUGAGAUUAAUCCAAUAGGCAGACCCAUAACUACUAUGGAAACAUCAAUGCUGGCCGGUUUACCAUUUCUAAUAGGAUUAGUUGGUUCAAUCUUCAUAGGAGCUAUAUCAGAUUUAAUUGGUAGAAAGAGAGUCAUGGUAUACAGCGCAGUAUUUAUAUUAUUAGCAAGUUCGGUGAUUGUAUUCAGUAACAACAUAUAUGCGUACAUAAUAGCGAGAUGUGGAAUAUUUAUCGCAUAUUCUGCCACCCUGGUAUUAUUGCCAAUUUAUCUCACAGAAAUUUGUGAGGAUCACAAUAGAGCUAAAUAUGGUUGUUUGAUGGGUAUCAGUUUACCAGGUGGACAUCUCUUCAGUUAUGCAAUUGGAUCAAUAACAACUAUACCGAUUUAUACCUCAAUUUGUGUAGCUCCAAUAUUACCAUUUUUAGUAGCAUUCGGUAUAUUUGCACCAGAAACUCCAGCUUUUCUAAUUGCUAAAGGACAAACAGAACAGGCUAUGAAAACACUUGAAAAGCUUAGAUAUAAUAAUACACCUCAAGAAAUUGAAAGAGAAUACGAAAAGAUCAAAGAAAGUUAUAAUAUUAGGAAAAGCGCUGGCAAGUUUACUCUGAUAAAGCUCUUGACGUCAAAAGUCACGAGAAAGGCUCUAGUAUUAGCUCUAUUACCUCUAUUGGUUCAAAAUUUUUCAGGCGUUACUGUAAUUAUGCAGUUCAUGGCACCCAUUUUCAAUGAAGCAGGUACAGUUUUAUCCGGAAACACAAUUUCAGUAAUAGCAGGAGCUAUUAAAGUUAUAACAUUUUUCACUAUUGCUAUGUUUGUGGAAAAAGUGGGAAGAAGACGUCCUUUGCUAAUAUCCGGCUAUGGAACAGGAGUUACCAUCUUCUUUCUUGGAUUAUUUUUUUACUGGAGGUAUACAAAGUGGGCGCACGUGAAUCAAGUUCUAUGGUUACCAUUAUUAUGUCUUGUUCUAAAUUUGUUGUUAUAUUCCGGUGGUUUGGGACCCAUCCCUAUGGCCAUCAUGAGCCAACUAUUCACUACUAAUGUAAGAUCUAUUGCCAUAUCUGUUAUCGUUACAAUCAAUGGAAUCCUCAUUUUCUUGUUAAAUUUCCUUUUUCCCAUAAUAAGUAACAAAUUCGGCGUUCAUGUUUGUUUAUGGUUAUUCACUUUUUGCUGUAUGGUAGGUACCACUUUAAUCCAUUUUUUCUUACCAGAAACAAAAGGAAGGAGUAUCCUUCAAAUUCAAGAAUUACUAGGAAAAUAGGAUAGCCAAUACAUUUAUUGUACUGUUUAGGAAACAUUUUAUUUUUGUAUUAUUUGCCUUUUAUAAAUAAGACAUUGGAGGACAGAAAAA